UUCCAUCAAAUGCCUUGAUAUGACAAGGAUGCAUUACUGAUUACUAUCUUGGAUCUGCAUGUCUUCGUGAUCUCCCCGGAGCUAAUGUAGGAACUCACCGGGGUAGCUUAACUAUAUGAGGUUAUGUUUUCGUCCUUUUAAAUCCUUUCCUCUUCCCUCUCUACCUCCUCCUUUCCUCUCCAUCCCUUCCGUUCUUUCUCUAUCUUCUCAAUUCUUUUAGUCCUUUUUGUACUCGCGCCAUAAUGUUGUUCUCCAUCUCCCUCCUCCUCAGUUUGGGCUUAGUGGUGAAUGCCACUCCUGCCCCUCUCGAGGAUGCCAAACUUGGUGCAGUAGCGUCAGAAUCAGCUGUUUGUUCGCAAAUUGGAAUUGACAUGCUGCAAUGUGGCGGAAAUGCUGCAGACGCAGUAAGUUCUCGUUGCCAUUUGCUUGAUAUCAGGACUAAUUGGGUUGUAUUAGCUUGUAGCGACACAGCUCUGCGUCGGGGUUAUUGGGAUGUACCAUUCGGGGAUUGGAGGCGGAGGCUUCAUGCUCAUUCGCUCCCAAAAUGGAAGCUAUGAUUUCAUUGACUUCCGUGAAACUGCGCCUGCGGCCGCCUUUCAGGACAUGUUUGCUCCUGAAUUCGCGGGUACGACGGCUUCGCUUUACGGUGGUAAGUUGUAUUCUUUCGGCUCGGGUAGACCCAGCCUUGUCAUGUGGAUGCUGACAUUACCAUAGGUCUGGCAAGUGGGGUACCUGGAGAACUUCGUGGCUUGGAGUACCUGCAUUUCAACUAUGGGAAUCUACCGUGGUCUAAACUCGUGAUGCCCUCGGUAAAGCUCGCCAGAGAGGGUUUCAGAGUCACGGAGGAUUUGGUAAGAUAUAUGAAUGGUGUUAAGAAUCCCUACAACUUCUUCGUUAAUGAGGCAACUUGGGCCUUGGAUUUUGCACCAAACGGAACACUAGUGGGGUUGGGAGAUACUAUGACCAGAAAGAGAUAUGCCGAUACUCUCGAAAUUAUCGCUGAACAUGGCCCUGAUGCUUAUUAUUCUGGAGCAAUUGCAAACACCACAGUUCUUGCACUUCAGGCAUCCAACGGGACAAUGACACUCGAAGACAUGGCAAGCUACACAAUCGCGAAAAGACCGUCAUCCAACAUCACCUACAGAGGAUACAAGAUCCACAGUGGAAGUUCACCUUCGGGCGGACCCGUCGUGUUGAGUGCUUUGAAAAUCGUGGAAGGAUUUGACAUGUCAUCUCCUUCAAAUUUGAACCUUUCCACGCACUAUUUGGACGAAGCUAUGCGAUUUGCUUACGGGCAACGAACCCUUCUCGGAGAUCCUACGUUUGAUACAAACUUGACAGACUAUCAACACAACAUGGUCUCUGAGAACAUAGCAGCCGAGAUAAGAUCAAAGAUUUCCGACACCAAUACCUUGGAACCUAAAGAGUACAACCCAAAUGGCUAUUCUAUUCUGGACGACAAAGGAACAAGUGCUGCAGUUGCUGCUGACAACAGCGGUCUUACCAUUGCCUGCACGUCAACUAUCAACACUAUUUUCGGAAGCAGAGUCAUGAUUCCCGAGACCGGAGUCAUCAUGAACAACGAAAUGAAUGGUAUGUCCCCUUCUCACCUCCCCGUUUUAGAUUUAGCUCACCAUUUCUGCAACAGACUUCAGUAUACCUAAUGCAACCAAUGCCUUUGGCUACAUUCCAACCGAAGCGAACUUCAUUCGACCAGGCAAGAGACCGCUAUCAUCGAUCUCUCCCUCCAUUGUCGAGUAUCCUGAUGGCAGAGUGUACAUUUCCCACGCUUCUGCAGGAGGAUCUCGCAUCAUUACUGAAGUAAUCCAACACCUAUGGCACACACUCGACCAAAAUAUGACCUCCGCCGAAGCUCUCGCUGAGCCAAGAUUCCAUAAUCAACUUUCACCUAAUACUGCCUCUUUUGAAUACUCAUACAACAAUGCGACAACCUCAUUUUUGAGCAGUCUCGGAGUCAACGUGACUUUCACAGUACCGGGAGGAUCAACAGCACAAUCAAUCAGAAUACUGCCCAAUGGGACUUUUGAAGCUGCCGGUGAGCCGAGACAACUCAACAGUGCAGGAUAUGCCAUUUGAGUGAGUGAUUUGGGGAGGAUUUGAUUUUUUGUUGCAAAAAACACCAGCGAGUACUUUGCGAAGUACUCAGCAUUGUAUAAUGAUAAUGAUAGUGCCUGCAUGAAAGAAAAGUUUAGAAAUAAAAG